AUGGUAUGGAUCGAGUCGUACGCUAACCACAACCGCAUAAUGAGUGCUAACAUGGACGGCACUAAUAUUCGAGUACUUGUGGAGAAUAAGCUUGAAUACCCAAGUGGAAUAUCUAUUGAUCUGAUCACUAGCGACGUUUACUUCGGUGAUGUGGAACGGGCAAUGAUAGAACGCGUAAAUCUGGACACUCGUGAGAGGACAGUGGUGCUAACUCAGGGCGUGCAUCAUCCUUAUGAUCUCAAAUAUUUCAACGGGUUUUUAUACUGGAGCGAUUGGGCUUCUUCCUCGUUGAAAGUUGCUGAAAUGAGCAUUCAUCACAGCUCCGCUCACCUCAUUCAUUCGUUCACCGCCUUACCCUUCGGACUUGCUAUUAAUCACUCAAUGUAUCAGCCAACACCGUCGUCAUUCCCUUGUCAGUCUAAUGACUGCCAGUGGAUGUGCGUUUCGAUUCCGAAUGCGGAAGGUGACCUACAGGCUAAAUGUCUCUGUCCCGACGGUUAUCUUACCAUGCCGGAAGGCGAUUGUGCGCCCGUACGCGAUUCAGUUGCCGAAGACGACGAUGGAGUGACGGACGCCGUUGAAGACAAAACCUUAACCCUCGAUAUAUCUCAUGUGGGUGUGGCAUGGAUGAAGGAGCGUUGCGAGGCCGGAAGUGGCUGUCUGAAUGGGGGCGAAUGCCAAGAUGUGAAGAACGAACACGGUCGUGUAACGAAGAUUGUGUGCAGCUGUGUCUCACCAUAUGAAGGUGACCGAUGUGAACGAACAAAUCCCUUCAAAGAGUAUGCCAAUCAGCUCUCGCCAUCGUCUCGGCCGUGUGGUUUACGCUGCUCUUCUGUGGCUUGUGUCUGUGCUGUUCAUCGCUCUCACUGCCGCGUUUCCUGCUAUCUAUUUAUCGCUAACUGUCGAGCAGUGAUCAGUGGACAUUUUUGCCCAGGUAUUGAUCAAACGAUGUCAUCUCUCAUAUCUAUCUAG